UGAGACUGAAGGGAACUAGCUCUUUUAGUCUUUCCACCUCUUUCUUUUAGCUGGUUGAAUUUUGUGUCAGUCUCAACAUCUCAACUGCAGAAGCUGCUGAGGAUCUGGAAAGACUGAGAGAAAGAGAAAUGGCUGAUACGUGUCAUUUGUUUCUGCUGGGACUGGCUAUUCUCUCUUCACUUCUCACAGGUACCAGUGGAGUAGAAGAUGCUCAUGUGUUCAUCAGUUCUGGAGGAAAUGUCCGUCUGCCCUGUAAUAAUGCUCUUCAUGACUGCAAAUCAACUACAUGGCUCUAUAACGGUUUCAAUCAUACAACAACAGUUGAACUGAUUAAUUUAGGGAUAAAGAAGACAGACACACAGAAACAUGAGAGACUGAGUCUGGGGUCUAACUGCUCUCUGAACAUCAACAACAUCUCAACAGAAGAUUAUGGACUUUACACCUGCCAACAAUGGACUGGUGUGAAUAGAGACAAACACCAAGAACCUGACGCUCGUGUUUAUCUGCAUGUUCUUCAUGUCUCACAGACUGAGAUCAGUGCAGGUCUCUCUGUGACUCUCUUCUGUCAGCUGUAUUCAUAUCCUCGAGUCUCUUGUGAAGAUUUGAUCCGUUCUGAGAGAAUUGAGCUGUUCUGGGUGAAUCAGGCUGGUGUUAAACUGAUGACAGACUCCAGAUAUCAGAUAUCAUCCUCAUCAGAUCACUCUAACAUCUCUCUGACUACAACAUUCCUGAAUGAAGAUCAGAACAGAGAGUGGAGAUGUGAAGUUACUCACAGAGAUCAAGUCAAGGCCUCAGUCACAUACACUGUCAAGAGUUCAGCUCCAGGUUCAACACUGAUUCCAGUCAGCAGCUCAAACUCUGAGACGACAUCAAGCCGAACUACAGCAGCAGCUCCUACAAAAGAUAAACAGAUCAUUACCUCAAACUCUGAGAUGACUACAGCUGCUCACAGACCUGCAGUUACUCCACAGAAGGUGAUGGUGAUUAUUGUAGAGUUUGCAGUGUUUGCUGCUCCUACUGUGAUUCUUCUUCAGAUCAUCUGUGCAAGAAGAGCUGGGAGGAAGGACUCGCAGCAUCCAGAGGAAAUAGAGAUUAAUACAAUAUUAGAGUAAAAUACUCUACAAAUAACAGAAUACUGCAGAUUUAUCUUCAUGUCAAUGCUAUUAUGGAUGUUUGCAUGCAGCUUUCAGGAAUAUUUUCCAUACUGUACUGAAUCCUUUAAAUAUAAUAUUAAAUACAGUGAUCAACAGAGCAAAAAGGUACCUCUAAUGAACAUGAGUGAUUAUUACAGAAAUCAUAAUAUAAGCACAUGGUUAUUUUCUAAUCUUGAUUCAUCUAAUCAUUACAAUAAACUUUUUACAGAAGGCUUUCUAAAUGUUGUAAUAGUCCAUUUUAGCUGAUGAUGCUACAAAUGUCUGUUAAAUAUCAUAUACGACAUAUUCACAGAUA